CGGUAAACAUUUGAACCUUAGUCAGUUGCCAACAAAUAGCAGCUGAGUGGACACUGAUGAAACACUUCCCAUAAUGGACUCCGUCAUGGACUGGCACAACCUGGAGCACUUUUUUGAAAAGUAUAUCUUAACUGACACAAAACAAGAGGAGAUUAAAGAUGUAAUCAAAGAACUCAUGAUCUGCUUGGAACAGAACAACACAGCUGAACAUAAUAAUAUGACUUUGGAUGUCUUGCCAAGCAACAGCACCCUUUCUGUUCCUCCUUCAGUUCCAGAAAAACCACUGGACCUCACAUUCAAACCACAGAUACAUAACGUCUUGUCUACAGCAAGGCUCGGCUGUAAAUUGGACCUAGACUUUAUAGCCAGAAACAAGUGGAACUGUGAGUACAACCCAAAGACUUUUCCAGCAAUCACCAUAAGAAUCCGUAAGCCAAGAUCCACAGCAAGAUUGUUUAGAAACGGGACCCUUGUUUGUGCAGGAGCCAAGAGCAUUGACGAGUCUCAUCGAGCAGCCAGGAAGUUCGCCCGAAUCGUGCAAAAGCUCAACUUCCCGGUCCGCCUUCUGAACUUUCAAAUCAAGAACAUUUUGAGCUGUGGCAAAUUCUUCCCUGUUCACUUAGCAGAUGUUCGACAGGCAUAUUAUAAAGAGUGCAGCUACCACCCGGAGCUGUUUCCAAGUCUCUUUUUUCGGGGGGUUCCCGGAAUCACUGCCACCAUCUCUCCAAAUGGGGGGGACGGUACGGAGCGGAGAAGCUCGGCGCUGACUGAGUCUCCACGAGUUCACGUCUGCAGUCAGGAACACGACCCACACAGCCAGAGGAAUGGAGCUCUGCUCUCUGCUGCACUAGCUGCUCUCUAAUUGGCUGAGCUCUGACAUCCCGUCAUGGCUCACCUGUUCCUCGCCAGUAAGAUCACCAUGCCGGACGACCUCUACGCCAAAGGGGGCGGAAGGAUCCCGAGGAACGGCGUGAGGAUACCGACGUCCAUCUCUGCAGAGAGGCUGAGCCGGGAGAAGACCAGGAAGGACAGUGCUGUCGUCGUGACAACACGUAUCCCGCACGUCAACGAGGUCCAGCUGACGGCGGCGACCGGCGGCGCGGAGAUGUCCUGCUACCGCUGCGUGGUGCCGUUUGGCGUGUUUGUCCUCAUCGCCGGCGUCGUGGUGACGGCGGUGGCUUACACCUUCAACACCCAUGGGUCCACCAUCUCCCUGCUUGGACUGGUGCUGCUUUCUGCAGGGCUGGGCCUGCUGGGAUCCAGCGCCAUCUGCUGGAGGCUUCGACUGAGGAAGAAGAAGGACAAACGAAGGGAGAGUCAAACCGCCCUCAUGGUCAGCCAGGGUUACUGCGUGCCCUGAUCUCCUUGAAGUUUGGACAAUCAAACCUCAAGCUCUUCAUUUCAUGCAGCAGAUAUCUUUAACAGUUUAAAACUGCAUGUGCCACACAGACGCCAUAGUGGGUCAUCAGGUUAGCAGGUUGUAUAGUGCUCAUAACCCCUGUCCUUCAUGCUCAACGACUGAAGAAGCAAACGGUGCCUCAGCGGACACCUGACACGUUCUGUGAAGGCCAGAAACGAGUUCCCUGAAAGCUGAUGGAGGAAGUGAGACCAGUUGGUCUCUCAACCAGAACUUUUACGGGAGCUAACUAAUUUUACGUGACCAAAUAGCUUAGAAUGUUGUUCAUAAAAAAAAACAACAAAAAAACAAACUAAAAACAACAAAAAAAGAAAACCCUAAACAUUUCUUGAAACUUGUGAUGAAGCAAGAUGACAAAACCACAAAAUGAAUUAAAAGAAGAAAAAAAAAGUAAAUCAUUGACCAGUUGAGGGUGUAGUGCAAAGUUUUCUCUUCUUUUCCCUAAUAAAGGUGUCAGUCUCAUUAAAGCAAACAUGACAAGAGAUCAGUAUGAUCUGGCUUGGGGUGUACAGUUUAUGCAUAUUAUACGUUGAUAAUAAGCUAUAGACACGGUUAGAAUGGUACUCUACAAUAUGGAUGUUGAGCAGCUUUUUGUUCCCCUUUGAAUUGGGCUCAUUUGUGACCUCUGUUCAUUCCUCUGAGGUCGAAAAUGUAUCAUUUAAACCGAGAGUAAAUGCAGAGAAGUUUCUGAAGACGUUUCCUCUCUGCUUUGGAGAUUUGCUUCGCAGAACCGACAACACAGCUCAUUAACGCCACUUUGAGAUAAGAGUAAGCGAUCUUACAGAAUCCUGUAGCUUUUCUUCUGACAGGGUGAACGGAAAUAGGCACUGCUGGUCUUGUUUUGUUUUUCUGGAAGAUUCUAAGGGGUAAUAGUCGAUAUAGCAGCUUUGUGCUGCUGUUGGUGAAAUGAAAACUAGAAUUGAAGAUGCAGGUAUUUUUUUUUUUUUUGUAGCCAUAAAAGGAUGCGCAGGUGUGCAGUGAUUUACUUUAUGACUGAAUACCUGAGUGUUGAGGUCACAGCUCGGCCCAAUUUCUUGCAUGCAUGCUUGUUUGUAUGUUAAAUUAUGUCCCACAUAUGCUCCUCCGUUAUAGCUCGAUUUUAUUUAUUCUGUCAGUGACUGGAACUAUAACUAUUAAAAACUAAGAUCUGGUGCCAAAACAAA